AUGCCGUGUCCUUCGGGUUCAAGUCCACGUCAUGGCGGGUUUGGAGCACUGGCUGCGAAGUUCACCCGAGGGAACUCCCUGUUCCUUCAUUUCAUAGCAGAUCUCGGCAGCACUAUAACGUCAUUGCAGGUCACAUAUUCGCCAGGCAAAAUUGGCAUCAUUAGCUCAUACGGCUCAUUUCUGGCAGCACCCAGUGGUAUUGCAGCAGAGAUAGAAGUUUCCCCGGACAACAAAUUCAUCAUCGCUUCUAAUCGUAACGACUUAACGUUUCGGAUACCGAGUCCAACCCCAAUCAAUCAGACUACAGAGCCUUCCGACUCUCCCGCUGUCUUCGAGCCGAUGAACAACGGCACAUUGUCUUUCGUACAGCUGGAUCCCGCAGGCGGAUCAUGGCCGACAUACUUCAAGCUGAAUAAGAAAGAGGAUUCGGUUGCUAUGAGCUUGCAGACUACGACUUGUGUAGCAAUCAUGAAGAGGGAUAUAGAAACAGGGAAGCCUGGGUCUAUUAUCGCUCAUAUCGAUAACGUGGGUGAGGUUGUGACUGCAGGUUGGGAUGGGUAG